UUACCAAACCCAGAGGUUUUUCAAUCCUGUCCACAAUUUCACUUUCACUUUACUUACCCACCAAAAAAGUAAAUAAAAGUAAUAAAUAAGUAUAUUCUUCCAUUUUUUGCAAUUAAUUCAUGGCUUGAAUUCGAAAUUCUCCUACACAAUACGUAGAUUUCUACUCUGAUCGCGGUGAAAUUUGUAAAUUGGCUAAUUGCUUUUGGAUCAUCACUUGUUGGCAUGCUUCCUGAGAUAUGGUGUCUAAGAAGAAGCUAGAUUUUGGUUUCAAUGGCUUUCACGUUCCAUUUAUACCUAAAGCUCCCAGAUCAGUUAGAAGGAGAGGUUCCUGUAAAAAAUUUGACGAUGAUCAAAUUUGUGCAUUUGAAUUAUUGGCGGCUGUUGCUGGGAAGCUUUUACAGGAGAGCGAAAGCUCUACUUCUAGUAAUGUAGCAGAAGGAAAAUACGAGCUUUCUGAUUGCAGGGAUGGUAUUAAAUGUGAACAAGUGGAAGAAGAUAAAGCUGUGAAAUCAGAGUGCCUCGACCAGGGGAGUUGUGUAGAAAGCGCUUAUAUACCAGAACCUGCAGCCCGAGAGCAGAAUCUAAAAUAUGAUCUCGAUAAACCUUAUUAUGCAGAAAAUAGUUCCAUCUUGGAGCAUACUUCUACUGUUAUAGGUUCUGACUCUGACGUGACAUUGGAAAACUGCAAGGAGGUCAAUGUAGCUGACGGAAAUCUCCCCGCUAAAGUUGAAGACUUUGAUAGUAAAAUCUCAGGAACUCAAAAACAGUUAGAUGAUGACAGCAAGCAGAUUGACAACUUAACUGUGACUAACACUUGCAGUGUAAAGGGUCCAAUUGAAAAACAUGUUAAUAACAAUGCCUUAAUUAACCCAGAGAGUAGUGUACAGUUAUCCUUGUAUAGGGAUUUGAUUCCUAGAGCUUCUUUUGUAAAGCAAAGGAACAGUGUAAACUUAGGUGUUAGAGAUGAUGACGACAACUCUUUUGGCUGCUAUAGAUAUAGCACUAAGUUAAGGACCUUUAGGACAACAUCACGAAUUGGAUACAGAAGCAUAAGGAAGAUGCUGACAUCUCGGCGCUGGAAAGUUGCUCCUAAGUUGAAGGAAUAUGAGCGUUCUUACACGAACGGUGGAGUGGAGUCCUUUUACGUCAAUAGGAAAAGCGUACGUGCACGCAAGAGAUACCAACCUGAAGUUCCUUCCAAGAGAAGGAAAUUGAGCGACCAUGGCUUUGCUUUUGCAUAUUACCAGGAGGCCAGUAGUGAAAGCAUUUCAAAUUCACCUGAAAAGGGAAUUAAGCGAGACAUUAGUACCUCUCAUGCCAUCCCAAGAGUUACUGCAGAUUCAGUCAUAGUCAAAAAUCAUCACAAGAAGGAUCCUAAUGUAAAAUUUAGCAUUAAGUCCUUCAAGGUGCCAGAGCUUUACAUAGAGGUUCCUGAAACUGCAACUGUUGGCUCAUUGAAGAGAACAGUGAUGGAGGCAGUCACAGCUAUACUCGAAAGUGGAUUGCGGGUGGGGAUGGUUCUCCAGGGAAAGAAGGUGAGAGAUGACAAUAGAACUCUAGAGCAGGCUGGUAUUUCCCGGAACGGCAACCUCGAUAAUUUGGGCUUUACUUUGGAGCCUAAAUUCACCCAAGUUUGUCCAUCAUUAUCUCCUAAUGAUGUUGCUUCUUCAUCGACAUAUGUUGCAGAUCAGGAUCUAACUAGGCGACGAUCCAGUCCUAUCUCAGAAUUGGGGAUUACCAAUGCUUCAUCAGAUCCUCCAGAGACUAAGUUGGACAAGCACAAUGACAAUAACCAUCAAGCAGAUCUAUCUCCUAUAAAUCCUGUCGAUCCAUCAACUGAUGUAGCUGUUCCGGAUUCUAGAGCUUUGGUCAUAGUUCCUCCGGUUAACCCGGAGGCACUGGCUAUGGUUCCUCUGAACCAGAAAAGCAAACGUUCUGAACUUUCACAGCGUAGAAUACGGAGACCAUUCUCAGUUGCAGAGGUAGAAGCGCUUGUUGAAGCUGUGGAGCAUCUUGGAACAGGAAGGUGGCGUGAUGUCAAAAUGCGUGCUUUUGAGGAUGCUGAUCACCGAACUUAUGUUGACUUGAAGGAUAAAUGGAAGACAUUAGUACAUACAGCAAGCAUUGCCCCGCAACAACGAAGGGGAGAGCCGGUGCCUCAGGAUCUUCUGGACAGGGUCUUAGCUGCCCAUGCUUACUGGUCUCAGCAACAGGGGAAACAACACGUUGAACCUUUGAAGAUUGUGGAUACUAAAGCGCAGAAAGUCGGCGCUUAAAGAAUUCGUCGAAUUGUCAAGAUUUAAAAAUUAUAUUAUAUUAGGAACAUGAAGAACACGUCGAGAAACAUGUAAAAAGGAUUCGUUCUGUUUCUCGUUAACUCGCUUAGACUCACUGAUUUGUGACUGGGUGGACUGGCAUUUGUAAAUUAUUCAGGAAUAAAGCAGUCGAACAGACGCCGUAGGGAUCAUUUAGUUUCUGUUGGUUAUUUCAUUCACAUAGGGUUAUGUACAUUAAGAAUCAAAUGUAUUCUGUACAAUUGUACAUUAAUAGUAUUCCAUUGGUUUUUAGUGUAAUUUCACUAUUAUUGUAUGCAACUUUUCUUGAAGUCUACACUAAUGUUUAGUUGGAUCUC